AUGUUACAGCCGCUGCAGCAGGCUGUGGCGGCGCGCCGGGUCGGCGAGCAGCGCCCGCGCGGCGCCCCACUCGGCGGCGGCGGGCAGCAGCGCGCGCAGCAGCCGCGCGCCGCACCCGAGCGCGGCCGGGGGCGAGGGGGGCGACUCCGACGUCGCCAGCGACACAGGCUAACAUGGUCUCACCAGCAGCCGCUGCAGCAGGCUGUGGCGGCGCGCCGGGUCGGCGAGCAGCGCCCGCGCGGCGCCCCACUCGGCGGCGGCGGGCAGCAGCGCGCGCAGCAGCCGCGCGCCGCACCCGAGCGCGGCCGGGGGCGAGGGGGGCGACUCCGACGUCGCCAGCGACACAGGCUAACAUGGUCUCACCAGCAGCCGCUGCAGCAGGCUGUGGCGGCGCGCCGGGUCGGCGAGCAGCGCCCGCGCGGCGCCCCACUCGGCGGCGGCGGGCAGCAGCGCGCGCAGCAGCCGCGCGCCGCACCCGAGCGCGGCCGGGGGCGAGGGGGGCGACUCCGACGUCGCCAGCGACACAGGCUAACAUGGUCUCACCAGCAGCCGCUGCAGCAGGCUGUGGCGGCGCGCCGGGUCGGCGAGCAGCGCCCGCGCGGCGCCCCACUCGGCGGCGGCGGGCAGCAGCGCGCGCAGCAGCCGCGCGCCGCACCCGAGCGCGGCCGGGGGCGAGGGGGGCGACUCCGACGUCGCCAGCGACACAGGCUAACAUGGUCUCACCAGCAGCCGCUGCAGCAGGCUGUGGCGGCGCGCCGGGUCGGCGAGCAGCGCCCGCGCGGCGCCCCACUCGGCGGCGGCGGGCAGCAGCGCGCGCAGCAGCCGCGCGCCGCACCCGAGCGCGGCCGGGGGCGAGGGGGGCGACUCCGACGUCGCCAGCGACACAGGCUAACAUGGUCUCACCAGCAGCCGCUGCAGCAGGCUGUGGCGGCGCGCCGGGUCGGCGAGCAGCGCCCGCGCGGCGCCCCACUCGGCGGCGGCGGGCAGCAGCGCGCGCAGCAGCCGCGCGCCGCACCCGAGCGCGGCCGGGGGCGAGGGGGGCGACUCCGACGUCGCCAGCGACACAGGCUAACAUGGUCUCACCAGCAGCCGCUGCAGCAGGCUGUGGCGGCGCGCCGGGUCGGCGAGCAGCGCCCGCGCGGCGCCCCACUCGGCGGCGGCGGGCAGCAGCGCGCGCAGCAGCCGCGCGCCGCACCCGAGCGCGGCCGGGGGCGAGGGGGGCGACUCCGACGUCGCCAGCGACACAGGCUAACAUGGUCUCACCAGCAGCCGCUGCAGCAGGCUGUGGCGGCGCGCCGGGUCGGCGAGCAGCGCCCGCGCGGCGCCCCACUCGGCGGCGGCGGGCAGCAGCGCGCGCAGCAGCCGCGCGCCGCACCCGAGCGCGGCCGGGGGCGAGGGGGGCGACUCCGACGUCGCCAGCGACACAGGCUAACAUGGUCUCACCAGCAGCCGCUGCAGCAGGCUGUGGCGGCGCGCCGGGUCGGCGAGCAGCGCCCGCGCGGCGCCCCACUCGGCGGCGGCGGGCAGCAGCGCGCGCAGCAGCCGCGCGCCGCACCCGAGCGCGGCCGGGGGCGAGGGGGGCGACUCCGACGUCGCCAGCGACACAGGCUAACAUGGUCUCACCAGCAGCCGCUGCAGCAGGCUGUGGCGGCGCGCCGGGUCGGCGAGCAGCGCCCGCGCGGCGCCCCACUCGGCGGCGGCGGGCAGCAGCGCGCGCAGCAGCCGCGCGCCGCACCCGAGCGCGGCCGGGGGCGAGGGGGGCGACUCCGACGUCGCCAGCGACACAGGCUAACAUGGUCUCACCAGCAGCCGCUGCAGCAGGCUGUGGCGGCGCGCCGGGUCGGCGAGCAGCGCCCGCGCGGCGCCCCACUCGGCGGCGGCGGGCAGCAGCGCGCGCAGCAGCCGCGCGCCGCACCCGAGCGCGGCCGGGGGCGAGGGGGGCGACUCCGACGUCGCCAGCGACACAGGCUAACAUGGUCUCACCAGCAGCCGCUGCAGCAGGCUGUGGCGGCGCGCCGGGUCGGCGAGCAGCGCCCGCGCGGCGCCCCACUCGGCGGCGGCGGGCAGCAGCGCGCGCAGCAGCCGCGCGCCGCACCCGAGCGCGGCCGGGGGCGAGGGGGGCGACUCCGACGUCGCCAGCGACACAGGCUAACAUGGUCUCACCAGCAGCCGCUGCAGCAGGCUGUGGCGGCGCGCCGGGUCGGCGAGCAGCGCCCGCGCGGCGCCCCACUCGGCGGCGGCGGGCAGCAGCGCGCGCAGCAGCCGCGCGCCGCACCCGAGCGCGGCCGGGGCAGCCGCUGCAGCAGGCUGUGGCGGCGCGCCGGGUCGGCGAGCAGCGCCCGCGCGGCGCCCCACUCGGCGGCGGCGGGCAGCAGCGCGCGCAGCAGCCGCGCGCCGCACCCGAGCGCGGCCGGGGGCGAGGGGGGCGACUCCGACGUCGCCAGCGACACAGGCUAA